CAUCAUAUAUACUCACAUUUCACACACCAAGAGAGAGAGAGAGAGAGAGAGAGAUGGUUUUGUUGAAUAAAAAUUCACGAGAGGAAGGAAGAUAAUAGUAGAAAAAGGAAAGAAAGAAAGCAAGCAGUUGGGAAGGUAGCAUAAACAAGCAGCUAGCUGGGCUUAUCGCAUGUUUGCUUCACGCAAGCAGCUAAAUGUGAAUGUGGGGGUUAAGGCUUUGCUCUCUCGCGUGGCUUUAAAGUCUUCCUCUAUCCUUUUAUAUCUCAUCCAUUAAAAAAAAAAAAAAAAAAAAAAAACCCACCCAAAAACCACAGCCACCAAACCCUAAAACUCCUCCUCCUCCUCCUCCUCCUUUUCAAGUCCUACCCCACAAACCCAAUUAUGUGAUAAUCAUCAUCAUCAUAUAAUACCAAAAAUUUAUAAGAAGAAAGAAGAGAGAGAAAGAAAAAAAACCCACAAAAUAUAAAUACAAAUGAGUGUAAACCCUGCUAGUAGUGGUGGCAGUGGUGGUGGUGGAAGCAGUGGUAGCGGUGGUGGUGGUGGUGGUGGAGGUGGAGGGCCAUGUGGGGCUUGCAAGUUUUUGAGGAGGAAGUGUGUGCCAGGGUGUAUAUUUGCGCCAUACUUUGAUUCAGAGCAAGGGGCUGGUCAUUUCGCAGCUGUGCACAAAGUGUUCGGGGCAAGCAACGUGUCCAAACUUCUUUUGCAUAUACCGGUGCAUAAGCGACUCGAUGCGGUGGUCACAAUAUGUUAUGAGGCACAGGCUCGGCUUAGAGAUCCAGUCUAUGGCUGUGUUGCUCACAUCUUUGCACUUCAACAACAGGUAGUGAAUUUACAAGCAGAGCUCUCGUACUUACAAGCCCACCUUGCAACAUUGGAGCUACCAUCACCACUACCACCACACCCUUCACCACCUCCAACAAUGAUGACACCGCCACCACUCUCAAUCACCGACCUCCCUUCAGCGUCCUCAGUGCCUGCCACGUACGAUUUGUCUUCUCUUUUCGAUCCCAUGGUGCAACCUUCAUGGCCCAUGCAGCAGCGGCCCAUGGAUCCACGUCAAUUAGGAGGCAGUGGCUCAUCAUCAUCAGCUGGUGGCGGUGAUCUACAAGCAUUGGCACGAGAGCUCCUUCAUAGACAUGGCACUCCAUCGCCCGGGUCAGUGCCAUGCUCAAGUCCUUCACCAUCACAAUCUUUCUCCAAAUGAGAUUAUAUAUCUUAUUAACAAACACCUAGCUUGGGUUCUUGUUGAUCAAAUACUAGGAAGAGAACUUGAAUUUUCAUGUUUUUUUUAAUGGGCAAGUAAUUUUAGUAACUGAGUUAUAUUCCUUUUAUUUUUGAUUCACUAGUAAUAUUCAAAAUUAGUUUAUUCAUGUA